UCACGCACACCACUCCACGAGGCAGCAAGGGCUGGAUCAGAGAAAACAGUCACCGUACUCCUUGAUCAUGGCGCAAACAAAGAAGCGAAGACAGACGCAGGUCAAACGCCUCUACUGCUCUGUGCAAAAGAAGGCAGCCCAGAUGUCGCACGCGUGCUUCUAAGGAAAGGGGCAAAUAUCACGGCCAUCACCGCUAACUCUAUCACAUCUCUUCAUUACGCAGCCAGGAGGACGUCGGUCGAGAUUUUCUCUCUUCUCUUGCAA